GCGGCGCAGCGCUGCACGUGUGCGAGCCCGGCGGAGGGUGGGAGACCGUCCCGGAGAGGGGCUCGGCGCGGUGCACUGUCGGCGGGUGCGGGUGGGCGCCGCUGUCCCGCGUCCCGAGCCGAGCCGCCGCUCCGCCGCUCGGCCCGCGCCCCCAGACUCCCGGUUCUCUUAAAUGUUUUGUUGGAGCCUUAAAGAUGGAAAUGACAAGCGUGUCCCUGAAACGUGGUUGCCUUGCUGUGGAAGAUAGUGACGGUGUAGCGCCACGCGAGGAGGCGAAGAAACAGAAGGUCUCCGAGUGCUGUCUCGCCAACAGUCAGGAUGAAGGAGCGAACGAUGGUCUACACCGCAGUGCAAAUGAGCCUGGGCCUCCAGAAGCUGAAAGUGCCCUGAAAGAUGAAAAGAGUUCCAGCGCCCAGGUGCAGGAGGAGGAGGAAGAGGAGGAGGAGGAAGAUGGCCUUUCUGAGGCAGGGGAAGAGGAGGAACCAGAGAGCUUUGCAGACAUGAUGAAGCAUGGGCUCACGGAACUCGAUGUCGGCAUCACCAAGUUUGUGAGCUCUCAUGAGGGCUUCUCGGGCAUCCUAAAGGAAAGAUACUCUGACUUUGUUGUUCAUGAAAUUGGAAAAGACGGACGGAUCAGCCAUUUGGAUGACUUAUCUGUUCCUGUGGACGAAGAGGACCCUCCAGAAGAUGUGCUCACAGUUUUGACAGCCGAGGACAAACAGCAGUUGGAGGAGCUCCAGCUUUUCAAAAAUAAAGAAACCAGUGUUGCUAUCGAGGUCAUUGAGGACACCAAAGAGAAAAGAACCAUCAUCCAUCAAGCUAUUAAAUCUCUUUUCCCAGGACUGGAGACAAAAACAGAGGAUAGAGAAGGCAGGAAAUACAUCGUAGCCUACCAUGCAGCUAGCAAAAAGGCUUUGGCAAAGGUCAGAACUGCAGCAGAUCCAAGAAAACAUUCUUGGCCAAAAUCUCGGGGAAGUUACUGCCACUUUGUUCUCUACAAGGAAAACAAAGACACCAUGGAUGCCAUCAACGUAUUAUCCAAAUAUUUACGAGUAAAACCAAACAUAUUUUCAUACAUGGGAACCAAAGACAAAAGAGCCAUCACAGUCCAGGAGAUUGCUGUCCUCAAAAUAAGUGCACAGAGGCUCGCCCACCUGAACAAGUGCCUGAUGAACUUUAAGCUAGGGAAUUUCAGCUAUCAGAAAACCCCUCUGAAACUGGGAGAGCUUCAAGGAAAUCACUUCACUGUAGUUCUCAGGAAUAUAACGGGAACUGAUGAGCAAGUCCAGCAAGCCAUGCAGUCUCUGAAGGAGACUGGCUUCAUUAACUACUACGGCAUGCAAAGAUUUGGGACCACAGCUGUGCCUACGUAUCAAGUUGGAAGAGCAAUUCUACAGAAUUCCUGGACAGAAGUCAUGGAUUUAAUACUGAAACCCCGCUCUGGAGCUGAAAAGGGGUACUUGGUGAAAUGCAGAGAAGAAUGGGCCAAGACCAAAGACCCAGCCUCUGCCCUCAAGAAACUACCUGUCAAAAGGUGUGUGGAAGGGCAGCUGCUUCGAGGACUUUCAAAAUAUGGAAUGAAGAAUAUAGUCUCUGCAUUUGGCAUAAUACCAAGAAAUAAUCGCUUAAUGUAUAUCCAUAGUUAUCAAAGUUAUGUAUGGAAUAACAUGGUAAGCAAAAGGAUAGAAGACUACGGGCUGAAACCUGUCCCAGGGGACCUUGUUCUCAAAGGAGCCACAGCCACCUAUAUUGAAGAUGAUGAUGUUGAUAAUUACUCCAUUCAUGAUGUGGUGAUGCCUUUGCCAGGUUUUGAUGUUAUCUACCCCAAACAUAAAAUUAGUGAGGCCUACAGGGAAAUGCUCACCGCAGACAGUCUUGAUAUUGACAACAUGAGACACACAAUCCGAGAUUACUCCCUGUCUGGGGCCUACCGGAAGAUCAUUAUUCGGCCGCAGAAUGUCAGCUGGGAAGUCGUUGCCUAUGACGAUCCUAAAAUUCCGCUUUUCAACACGGAUGUGGACAACCUAGAAGGAAAACCACCACCAGUUUUUGCUUCUGAAGGAAAAUUCAGAGCUCUGAAGAUGGACUUUUCGCUCCCUCCAUCUACGUACGCCACCAUGGCCAUUCGAGAAGUGCUAAAAAUGGACACCAGCAUCAAGAACCAGACUCAGCUGAAUACCAACUGGCUCCGAUGAGCAGCGCGCUGAGCUCAGAGAGGAGACACAGACCUGCUUGCUGACCUCCUGUUCUUUUCUUUUUGAAGUGCUGACUCAUGUUUGGAAUUUGAAACUUUUGUAGUAAAGGAUUAUUUGUAUUUUUUAAAGUUUUUAUCAGCUUAAAGAAAUAAUUUGCAAUAUUUGUACACAUAUACAAAUCCUGAGGAUCUUAAUUAUAGCUCAAAAAAUAUAAAUUGGUCAGAAUAUACUUUAGGUGCUUAAAUUCUAGUUCAGGACCAGCUUUCUGGCUUUAUAGCAAACAAAUAAAUGGGGACUUUGGUUUAAAAUAGUAGUUUUAGGUUUUUCUGUGCGCCUGAAGUACAAAUAAUAAUUGUUUAAGUCCCUGAUGGGAUUACACAGCGGUUCAUCUCAAGAGCAAACGCAGCAAACAAGUCUUGACCCUGGAAAUUAGAGAGUCCACACUUGGCGGGCGCAGUAGCUCACGCCUGUAAUCCCAGCACUCUGGGAGGCAGAUCUGUGUGUUGGAGGGCAGCCUGGUCUUCAAAGCAAACCAGGACAGCCAAAGAUACACAGUGAAACCCUGUAUCCAAAAAUAAACAAAAGAGUCCACACUUAACAAACAGUGCUCAUGUUGGUGUCAGUGACAACAAAACACCCACACAUUUAUUAACACAGCCUGGUUUCCAUUGUGCAACUGUGUGUUAGCUCCAGGCAGGCAUUUUACAUACUUUACAGCUUGCAGUGGCUUCUGUGUUUAAUCUGCAUAUAAUCUUUCAGGGGAGCCUUUUCCUUGAUACAAACCUGCAGUUUUUACCGGGUAAGGUCUAAUUUUGCUCUAGGUGCCUUCUACUUCAGAACUCUUUCCACUGGACUCCAGAGUAAACAGUGAUCAACAAGAAAAUCUGGAAAACUGAAAAGGGCUCCUCUUCCCAGCAGUGUGAUCUGUCAGCAGCUGCUUAGGCAUCUCCAUCAUGGGCACUGCAAACCUUUGCCUUUCUCUGAAAGGAUGGAUAUGCCUUUCUGAAGUUGUGUGACAUGACUCUAUCAGUUUCAUUUUCUAUUAUUUGUAGAAUCAAAUGUAAUAAAUAUUUUUUAAAAUCCCUUUCUACUGAUUAUGUAAAUAAAUGUAAAAAUCUUGUCUCCGCCUG